AUGCCUGAUAAUGAUGCAGAAGAAAUUGAAUUUGAAAGUGAUAAUCGAAGGUUACACUUGCAGUUAGGGUUGCAGGUACGAUCUAAAACUGCUAGUUGUGGUAGUAGUACAGAGAUGCGAGGGGCAAUGCAAUCAAGGACACGAAGAAUUUUAUCGUUAUGGUAUAGAGAUAAAUUAAUGGAAAAAAAUCAUUCAAUCUUUAUUGCGUGUGAUUUGAGUAUAAUUCGGAUAGUGAGUCGGGCUAAAUCAGUUGGAACAAAAUCAAGUUGCGAUGGCCAGGUCAAGGAGUGGAAUAGCGUUGGAAGGAGGGAAACUUGUCUUAACCUGUUUCCCAAUUUUACUCAUGUCAUAUCACUUUUUGCAGCAAUUUUCGUCCCCCACCAUUUCGGUAACAUGCUUUCAUGUUCCUGCUCCGCUCCUUCUCAUUCUUCUCCGCUCGCUACUCUUCUUGUUCCUGGUUCCCUUAAACCAAACCACGAUAGAAAAAACUUGUCUACCACCAGUAGCAACAAGAUAGAGAAAAAUUUGGAAUCACUGACUGACAGAAGAGCGGACGAUGAUCGCCACGGUGCUAGUCGCAACCAUCUUUUUACGUGUCAUGCUGACACUCCUCUAUAUUGCUUCAUCUCAUUCACUUCUAACUCAGCAAGGGAGUUACUGAUAAUCAUUGGCAAAAUACCCGAUGGCCACAUUGCUCCCAGUCCUAAUAGCUGCAGUUUAUUAGCUUUUUUGUCUGUCAGCUCUUUGCAUUAG